AUGUCCGCUUCCACCCAUCGCGACGACUUCUUCCAGACUACUUCUGCUCUUGAUCAACAACAACGAAAGGACGCCAAGUCAAAAAACACAGACGGAUCCCCAAUCAGACUGCAGAGCAAGAUCCUUGCAAUUGAAGCGGACCCCUUCGAUAAUGGCUCUGUUUAUGUGGCGCAAAGCGGUGGGACAAUCAGGAAGCUAAAUCUCGAGACCGGUGAAACUGCCUCUAUCUUCAAAGGACCUACUGCACCCAUCACGAGCCUUUGCUUUAGUCCAAACGGCCGGAUCCUGUUCGCAGGAUGUUGGGACAAGAGCGUUUGGAGCUGGGACAUAAAUUCAAAGCAAAAGAAGCUACAGUAUGAAGGUCACACCGACUUCGUGAGAGCCGUUGUGACGACGAGGUUCAAGGGCCAGGAUCUCCUCCUGUCGGGUGGUGCCGAUGCGCAAAUACUGGUAUUCGACAUUGCGAGCGGGCAACAGCUGCAUGUGUUCAAGGGCCACACAAAAGGAAUCCAAGACCUGGCAAUUGACCCCUUUACCCUAGACCCUGACAGUGCCGAGCAAACUGUUUUUAGCGCCGGUAGUGACAGGGAAAUCCGUCACUUUGAUAUCUCCAAAGGCAGCCACGACCUGACUGGCACGGAGGCACUUUUGGCUCAUGACACAAACAUCAACAAGCUUUACUUCGAUCAGGAUGGAGAUCUCUGGACAGCUUCAGCGGAUAAAACAGCAAAGUGUCUCGUUAGGGAGGACGGCUGGAAACCGAACCUCACACUCAACCAUCCCGAUUAUGUGCGUGACGUGGUGGUCGAUGAGCGUGGAGGAUGGGUUAUUACAGCUUGUCGAGAUGAAGAAGUUCGCGUAUGGAAUCGAUCGACUGGGCAACUAUACCACACGUUUUCCGGUCAUUACGAGGAGGUCACAGGCUUGGCCCUAAUUGGGCUGACUUUGGUCAGCGUUAGUAUCGAUGCUACCAUCCGGCAGUGGUCUCUGAAGCCUGAUGAUCUACGGAAUGCCGUAGCACAGGCAACCAACCCUUCAACUGACGAAGAGUCGGCAAACCCAGAGUCUAUGCUAACAGAAGAGGAGGAGCGAGAGCUAGCAGAGCUAUUGGAAGAAGACUAA